GCUGGUCGACUGUCCUACAGCAUGGGACUCCAAGGCCCUUCGCUUGCAAUCGACACCGGAUGUUCUUCUGCCCUAGUCUCCACUCACCUUUGUUCUGCUUCAUUGCGACUUCGGGAGUGUAGCGAUGCCUGCGCGUUUGGCACAAACUUUCUUGUCCAGGAAGCGAACUUGGGACUUCAUCAUGGAGGAAUUACAUCGAGUCUCGGGCGUUGCCACACUUUUGAUCAGCGGGCGGAUGGAUAU